AUGAUAGAGGAUGUUAUGACAACCGAGGAAGCCCCACUGCAGAUUACAACGGAAGGUGUGACUACCAAGGAAACUCAAGGAACGGGAAAGACAAACAACUCUGAAAGCUCAAGAGGAAAAUCAACAGAUAAGAAAAAGGGAGCUAAGGAAGAUCAAAAGAGCAAAGGGAAACAAGUUAAGGAGACACCAAGAAGUGAGAAAACACUGGGAAAGAACAAAGAGGCCUUGACAAUGAACAAGAAAGGAAAUCAGAAGGCCUCCCCUGAGUCCAACCUGGUGAAGCCUGCUGCUUCCACUACGGGGAAGAAAAAAGAGUUAUCCUCCCCUAGUAUUCAAGUCAUGGCUACAGACAGUAAGAAAGGGGGUUCCAUCCCGAAGCAUGUCACUUUUCCGAUCUCUCCUGGGAACUCAAGUAGCAACCUGAUACCAGGUGGUACUGUCACGCCCAGGAACAAGGAAGUUUCGUUAGGUGAUUACAUAGGGCAUCAGCCCAAAAUGAGAUCACCUGGUGAGGCGGGAAAUGGAAGGGUAGCACCAGUUCAAAGCACAAAAAAUUCUACAUCGGGAGUGGGUGCACCGAAAAAGAUUGAUUUUGGUCCUGAGGCUAGUGUUAAUCAUCUCAAGCCAGAAAAUGCAGACAAGACCAAGGGUUCCAACAGCAAUGCUGCCCUAGGGUCUGGAGCAACGGCAAUGGCCGUUGAUAAAGAAUGA